CAAGCUCCCGAAGAGUCCUCGUCAUCGAUAUGGACUCGCCGCAUCAUAAUCAUGGCCUUCUGGGCGGUCGUGGUCAUGCUGGGACUGCCACUUUGGACUUGGACGACAUCAAUCCAUCGCUCAUCUCUUCCUCUGGAAGCCAUGAACUCGUGGGCUGAAGGCAAGGCUUGUACGCCACACUAUCCGCUGCAGAUACACCUCAGAGCUCCGGCUCUGAACUCUCAGGAGGCCGCCGUCUUAGCUGGGCACACGGAGAACAUGCUCAACGCGCAGAAGAUAUCGCCGCUGCACAGCUUUCACGUGACAGCGGACAAUGUGAAGUUGUCAAAUAAUGCGCUUACUGUCGUGGUAAAAUCCGAGUCAUCGACGCCUGGUAUCAGGUUAGAGUCAUGGCAAUCGCAGCUGGAAUUCAAUCUACCAAGACCCUCGCUGGCAGAUCUCGGUAGUGUUGCUGGAUUCCUGUCGCAAGAAUUGGCACGUCUCUUCACCGACGAGAUCGCAUCUCUUUCCUCCUUGAUCAAGGAUACGCCAUUUGCUGCAAACGUCGCUCCUCUACAACUCAGUCAAGGGCAACAGCACGAGUUGGAGAAGAAGACUACGCGCGCCUUCAAGUAUGCCUCGACGUACCACCUCACUUUCUCGCUAUUCACGCCCACUGCCUCACCUUCGGCAUGGGAGAUUGACGCGGCUAUCAAGGAAUACAUCACGCCUCUGAUCGAGCAGCUGUCGCCCAUCAGCAAGUUCACCAUUGAUACUCAAGUACAACUGUACGCUGCUUUCAGUCCCUCAAUUGCGGGUCCGGUCUUCGAUGCUUCGAAGAAUUACUGGACUUUGCAAUAUAGUGAUCUUACGGGAUUCGUCAAUGCUGCGGAAUGGCCUCUAAGCCCUAGUAUUGGAUCUGGUCCUACCAUAAACUUUGUUCUUUACGUGCCGUCACCCGAGAAAAGUCCUUUGCUAAUUGCAGAGAGCAAAGGCACCAGCUGGAUCAUACCGCAAUGGGGAGGAGUACAGAUCCACAAUCCAAGUGGGAAGAAGGGCGAUACAUUGACUCUAGACGACUUGCGACCUCACAUGCUCACCUUUGCCGAUCAAAUUGCUGCGCUAUUAGGUGUUCCCAGUUCCCCGCCAUCGCUGCCCCUAAGGAUCAACAGUCUUACCAGAGAACGUGCGACAUCUCUUAUCAUGUCUGCUUCUUCAACACUAGGAGCGCUCUCGAGGCUUACACUAAAACUCACCUCCAUCGCAAUCCCGGAUUCAGUUGCAAACUCCGUCGAUGAGACGCUGCACCGGCUUGACCAGGCUUGCUCGGAUCUGCGCUCUGGCCGCUUUCAAAGCGCUUUGAGGAAUGCCAGAACAGCUGAAGAAGAGGUGGAAAAGGCUUUCUUCGAGCCGUCCAUGGUCGGUCAGGUGUACUUUCCAGAUGAGCACAAGGUUGCUGUUUACGUUCCGCUUCUUGGACCCAUGGCAGUUCCUCUUAUAAUGUCAAGCCUCAAAGAGCUGCAGAAAUUUCGGCAGCGA